CAAUCUCCUUCGUUUAACCACACUCUCUCUCUUCUAUCCUCUGCCUUUCUCUUCAGUACAUCUCUCAUUUUGCUAUACAUAUUAUCUGAGCUCUAUUCGUAAGAGAAAGGAGAAACAGAGGAAGAAGAAGGUAUGAGUUGAAGGUUUGGACUUGAUAGACAACUAAUGUAGAAUUCCUUUUUGCUCUUCUUCUGAGUUUUAACUGCUUUAUGCAGGAAGAACCACGACCUGCAGUGGACUACUUUUUAUGUAACGAGAUAGCAAAUACAGUAAAGACUUUUUUGUGAGGAUGAGGCAGGUAAGUACCUCUAAAAAAGGUGUCAUCCAUGAAGAUCUUGCUCGAGUUCUGGCACAAGUUGAAGCUGAGCUUGACAAGUUUAAGGAUUUACCUGAUGGUGACACCAUUCUCUUUGAGAAAGCGAAAUGGAAGAUUCUUCUUAGUGAGAACUUUAGGACCUCAUUUAAGAAGCUGGACUCUUCUGAGAUGAAGAAGUUGGUGCUCAAUCUAUUGCUGAGGCUUUCCUUUGGGUUGAGGCCUAGAAAAAGAAAAAUAGAUAUAGUCUGUGAGAACUCAAAGCAGAUUCUCAAACAUUUCCGUGUUAGAGAUGUGUAUGUUUUAUGCUCAAUUGACAUCGUAAAGGACUCGGGCUUGUGUAACCAAGUCCUCAAGAUCUGGGAUAUAAUGCCGUUGGUGGACGUGCCGGUUUUGGUUAAGCGACUUGAUGCUAUCUACGCAUUGCACUCUGAGGAGUAUUUGAGUCGUUGUAAGGAAAAGUCCUUUGAAGGCUUUCUGGAGGUUCCCAAGAGUUGGGAUUGUGACGUUGCUCAUUACAAGAGCACUACUAAUGCCGAAACUGGAGGUCAUCACAGGGGCGAUGCAUUUUCUGAGAAUUACAGUAGUGAUAGUUUGAUGCUUAUGAAAUUCUAUUCUUUAUCUUCUGGCAUCAUCUGGCACUUGCUUUCUGGAUGUGAUGGUCAGGAAGUGGAUUUCCCAUUUGAGCUCUCAGACCAAGAGAAGGAAAUAGUUCAAUUUGGUAAGAGCUCCUUCGUACUUGGUAGGUCAGGCAGCGGGAAAACCACAGUGUUGGUUAUGAAGUUAUUUCAAAGGGAACAGCUUCAUCACAUUGCACUUCGAGGAUAUCAUGAGCAAAGUGAUGCAGUAGAAACGGAUGAACAAAAUGUGCUGAAACAACUGUUUGUGACAGUAAAUCCAAGGUUGUGCCACUUCGUCAAGCAGAAUAUUUCUCGCCUGAAAAGGUCCACUUGCGGAUGGAACCUGUCUGCUGAAAGCUGUGAAUUUGAUCUGGAGGAAAUUGAUGAGACAUUCCUUUCUUCGGACUUCCCAGAUUCUUUUGUUGAUAUUCCAUCAAGUUUCUUCCCCCUCGUUUUAACUUUUAAGAAAUUCUUACUAAUGCUCGACUGCACGAUGGGAGUCUCCUUUUUUGAUAGAUUUCCUGAAGCCAGGGCAUGUCAACCUGAGAAAAGGAAGAACUCUAAGUCCUUGACUUUGCAAACUUUUAUCAGGACAAGGGAGGUCAAUUAUGAGAAAUUUAGUUCAUCGUAUUGGCCCUACAUGAACGUGAAACUAACCAAGAGGGUUGAGCCAUUCCUUUGUUUCACUGAGAUAACUUCUCAUAUCAAGGGUGGAUUACUAGCUUUAGAGGCGGCUGGUGGUCAUUUGAGCCGUGAGGAUUAUCUAUCACAUUCUGAGCGUAGGUUAUCUUAUCUCACUGAGCAGGAAAGAUGCAGGAUAUAUGAUAUUUACCUUGAAUAUGAGAAGAGUAAAGUAAAAAAUGGUGAGUUUGAUUUGGCUGAUUUUGUCAGCGAUAUACAUGUCCGGCUCAGAGUGGAAGGGUAUAAUUUUGCUGAAAUGGACUUUGUAUACAUUGAUGAAAUUCAAGAUUUAACAAUGAAGCAAAUUGCUGUUUUCAAGCAUGUUUGCAGAAACUACGAGGAGGGUUUUCUCUUCGCCGGAGAUACUGCUCAGGCGAUUUCAAAAGGAGUUGAGUUCAGAUUCAAGGAUAUAAGGUCCCUGUUCUAUAAAACCUUCGCAAUGGAUUCCGGUCGUUUUGGAAGUACCAGCACCAAUACAAAGCGAGAAAUCUCUGAUGUUUUACAUUUGAGUCAGAACUUUCGAACACAUGCUGGGGUUCUUAGGCUAGCUCAAAGUGUUAUUGAUCUGAUAUACCAUUUCUUCCCUAAUUCCAUUGACGAAUUGAACCCUGAAACCAGUCAUGUGAAUGGGGUAAGACCUGUUCUGCUUAAGUCUGUGGACAAUAGGAGCGUAUUCAAGUCGAUGUCUGAGGUCCUUUUUGCUGGGCAGAAGAAAAGUGUUGAGUUUGGGGCUGAACAGGUGGUACUUGUUAGAAAUGAAGAAGUCAAGAAUGAUGUUCUUGGUCAAGUGGGGUGCUGUGCACUUGUUUUGACAAUAUUGGAGUGCAAAGGCUUAGAGUUUGAGGAUGUUCUGCUCUACAACUUUUUUGGUUCCUCGCCCGUCGUAGAUCAAUGGGAGUUACUCCAUGGAUACAUGAGGACACUGAACAUUUCAUCACCUCAUGAUGAAUGUCAUUUUCGGCACUUCAGUGAUGAGAAGCUGAAGUUAUUGUGUCAUGAGCUGAAGCUACUAUAUGUAGCUAUAACUCGCACAAGGCAAAGGUUCUGGAUAUUUGAUGAAAGCUGGAGCCCAAUGCUGGAAUUGUGGAAGUGUAAGGGGAUCGUCCAGCUUCAGCACUUGGAUAAUGAAUUUUUAGCAUCGAUGCGAGUUCCUUCAACUCCAGAGGCAUGGAAGAAGCGCGGAAGGAAGUUCCUUCAUGUACAGAACUAUGAAAUGGCAAGAAUCUGCUUCAAGAAUGCAGCUGAACCAUACUGGGAAACAUAUUGUCAAGCUUCCGAGUUGAGAGCCAAGGCUGAUCGAUUGAGGAUUUUGAAUCCUCAAAUUUCCCAACAUCAUCUGUUUGAAGCUGCUGAACUAUUUGACUCAAUUGGAAAGGAUGAAUCUGCAGCCCAAUGCUACUUCGAGUUGGAAGAAUACAAAAAAGCAGGUGAAAUUUUCUUGGCGUCCUCAAAACUAGAGGAAGCAGGUGAAUGCUUCCAUCUUGCAAGGUCUUACGAAAAAGCUGCAGCAGUCUAUUCUAAGUGCAACUCAUAUGGUAAGUGCUUAUCUGCAUGCCUGGACGGCAGAUUAUUUGAAACUGGAUAUGACUACAUUCAACGCUGGAGGAAGGAUAAAACUUUCGAUAGUGUGGAAUUCGAGAGAUUCUUAGAGAAAGGUGCAGUUCAUUUUCGUAGGGUGGAAGACUAUGAAACCAUGAUGAUGUUUGUUGGAGCUUUCACUUCCAAUGACCUAAUGCGCACAUUUUUAGUGGUCAGAAAUGAACUUGAUUGUCUUCUCGAUUUGGAGGAGGAAUGGGGCAACCAUCCCGAAGCAGCGAAUAUUGCAGGGCAAUUAGGUCUUGUCACAGUAUCAGCGGAUCAUCUUAAGAGUCUAGGAAAAUACCUAGAAGCUUGCCAUGCUGUUCUGCGUCAUGUACUUGGUGAGUCACUUUGGGGAGAUGGAAAUAACGGUUGGCCGAUCAAAGAUUUCAAGGGCAAGAAGCAGUUAUUGGGCCAAGCUAAAACCUGUGCUGAGCAUGUUUCAGAAGCUUACGUGGGAUUUGUUCGUGAAGAGGCGGCCUUUUUAUCCUGUGAAAACAGUAAUAGCUUGUCACUGCUGAGAAAUCGUUUUGAAUUUUUUCAGGGGCAUGGCAGCUUACGAAAUGAAAUUCUUUGUGCUAGAAAGAUUAUUGAUGUGUUAUCCCACGAUGUUUUGGUUGCUGACAUAGUGAACUAUACCAGAUAUGGCCGCCCGUGAUCUGGUGUUCUAUUGGAAGUCGUGGAAGGGGAGCAUGGGCCAAAUUAUUUCCCACUGUAAAAAAGACGGUAGUUCUUAUAAUGAGUUUUGUCUGGAUUACCUAGGUGUUAGGGAGCUACUGAGUGGCAGCUUAUCUCGAUACCAUGUUCUUUAUCCUGAUGCACCAUGGUUGAGUGGUUCUGUCAUCUCCAGAAGCUUUCAGAACCAAAAGAAACGAGUUAUUAUUGACAGUCGCACAUUCUGGAGAGCUGCUAAAGCCUACUGGUCUUCUGAAAUUCGUGUGGUUGGUUCAGAGGUGCUGCAAAGACUUGAAACUGUAUAUGAAUAUUGUGUCCAGAAUCGUCUGUCGAUAUACUGCAGAAGCAUGCUACUAGUACAUAUGCUCGAUCUUUCCAGUCUCUUUCCACCCAAACUCACAGACAUGGCAAGAAGGUUUGCUGAGCAUUAUAUAGAGAAUGUACUGAACAUUCAUUUUCUUGAGUGGCAUGAUUCAUGGAGGAAUGAUAUGAUCAACACAAGAGGGGUAGAAGAAUUCAGAGUCCCAUUGGAGGAAAUCAUGCAUCUUUACUUGGAAAAUUCUCUCACAACAUGUCGUAUUGCAGAGGUUACAACAAUUGCCCUCUCGACAAAGCUGUCUCGUCCGAAUCUAGAGAUGCUUCUCAUUAACUUGAAGGAAAAGGCAGUUGGCUCAUUGCACGUUGAUCAAAUUGUGGGACCUCUGGAAGUUGGAAUUAUGCCCGAGGUAGAUGAAAUCGUAGCAGAGCAGUGUAUGGUUUGGAAACUGCAGCAAACAGUUCUACGCAUGUACUACAACAUGUUUGAAAAUGCAGAAGAGACCCUGUCUCCAAGUUGUCUAGUGUAUCUGCUAGACCGAUUGCUAAUGAUGACAUUGGCUUGGAACGGCUGUUUCUACGCUCCAAGAUCUUCUGUGGUUGAAUGGCUGAUGUACAACAGAUGGAAGAAUCCCUCCUCAACAUCCAUUAUUGCCGAAGAAACCCAGCCUACUGUGGAUGCAGCUACAGGACUGGUAUCCUGCAUAGUCAAAGACCUCUUUAACAAUGAGGUUCUAGUCUUGGAAUGCCAUCCAGCAGUGGUGCUAAGGCUGGUGGUCCUAGUCGGCAUGCUUAGCAUCAACACUGGCAAGAGUUGCGAUCUGGUUCCCCGCAUCUUGGGAAAAAUAGGUAUUACUUCAAUGUUACCUUCAGAGUUUUACAACCGUUUGAGCUCCUUGUGGAAUCGCGAGGAAGCAAGCCAUGGAGGUGUUGAAGCUUUUUCGGACGCACUACAUUUGGUUGGCAACCCUCUUGUAUGUGUGGACUUGAAGGGAAGCGGAUGCCCCAAAUCUAAACCCUCGAGUGCCAUUUUCUUGGACAUGAAAAAGCUGUGUGAUCAGAAGCAAGAAAUUUUAAUGACGCUCAGCCCAAGGAGAAACAAGGCAGCAUCAAGUAGCAGACGAGGAAAGGAAUGAAUUCGAAGCAGUAGGGUAGAGGUUCAUGCUGCUGUUCUUUUGUGAAACAAACGUUAUCUGAAGAACGUUACAAAGUUAAUGGACUUUUACAUUAUGUUUGUUAA